UCGCCCUCCCGCCGCGCCGCGCCGGGCUAUGGACUCCGACUCCUGCGCCUCCCCGUUCGCCCCGGAGGACUUCUCCCCCACCUCCCGGAGGCACCGCACCGUGGAAGACUUCAACAAGUUCUGCACCUUUGUCCUGGCCUACGCCGGAUACAUCCCCUACCCGCAGGAGGAAACGCCGCUGAGGAACAGCCCCAGCCCUCCCAACAGCACCGGUGGCACCAUUGACAGCGAUAGCUGGGACCCCCGCUUCAAUGACAUCCCCUCCUCGGUUUCCCUUCCUGCCAAGAACAGAAAAAACUUCAGCCAGCUGAAGCGAGCAAAGCCUUACAGUUCCCUGUUCCAGCGGGCAAAGCCCGGCAACUUCCUGCCGGAGCGAAAGCAGAUCGAUAAAAUCAGAAAGAAGAAAAAGCUGAAGAGAAGGGAAACGGAGGUGUCUGCAGGGGAAGACUAUGAGGAGAAGCUGCUGGAGCUGGAGGCGGAGGACUCUUACACAGAGACACCGAUGAGCCCCUCGUCUGAGGGUGACCCUCAGUCUGUGGCUGAGCACUGCUCAGUCUGGGACUCUGACACAGCCUCCAGCGUCACCUACCCCACAGGGACGGGUGAGCAGGCGGUGGAGAUCCAGAGUGUGGGCAAACGAACGGUCAUUCGGCAGGGCAAGCAGGUCGUCUUCCGGGACGAGGACGGCACUGGCGAUGAUGAGGACAUCAUGGUGGAUUCGGAUGACGACUCCUGGGACCUGGUCACUUGCUUCUGCAUGAAGCCUUUUGCCGGGCGGCCGAUGAUCGAGUGCAACGAGUGCCACACCUGGAUCCACCUCUCCUGCGCCAAGAUCCGCAAGUCCAACGUCCCAGAGGUCUACAUAUGCCAGAAGUGCCGGGACUCCAAGUUUGACAUUCGCCGCUCGAACCGCUCCCGGACGGGCUCGCGCAGGCGCUUUCUGGACUAAGCGAGGAGGCGCGUGCUGCUGCGCUGCUCGGGCGCCAGGUGAGCCGUGCGAAGCACAGACACCGGCUGGGGGCCGGGCAGAGUCCCCUGAACUGCUGCUCCCAGGCCAAGGGCUGCCCAGCCUGCCUGCGGUACAGGGAUGAGGUACCGCCGAGUCGUGGAUGGCCGGGGUGGAAGAAGCAGACUGGUCAAAACUGCCGCUAGAUACCAAUUAGCUCAAGAGACAAAUUAAGCUCUCUGGGUUCGGUGGGGUUUUGUCCAGUUACAACUAUGAGUUGGACGAUGUUUUGGGAAUGUAUAAUAUCUUUGCCACGAGUUUUUUCUCAUCCCCUUGGGAAACUGCAAACCUUCUCUGUGCUAGAAAACUCAUCCUCUGAGGAGGGAGGAGGAGGAGGGAAUCUGUGUGAAGAGUCUGAAAAGUAAAUGGCCCCAUGUUUUAAUUUUAAUGUAUUAUUAUACCUGCCCAUUUGUCCGUGUAUAUCAAUCUUAGAUAUUCUAAGGCUCUGUAGGAGUGAGUGUGAAUGCAUACCAACCUCUGCGUGAUCUGCCUCCUCUUCCACGGGCCGGGCAGGAGGUGAGUGCAGUGAUUUGGCGCUGUGUAAUGACAGGACUUCACCCUGCUCUGGGGGAGCGGUGCGUUUAGAGAAAGAAGGCUCCUUUCUUUGGACAGGCAGCACUGGCAAUUAGUUGACAUCAGAUUUCUUAGAAGUCUCUUAACGGUGAUUUUUUGUGACUUUGUUCUGCAUGAUUGGCUCAAAUGUGUUUGGGGGGAAAACCAUUUGCUCUGUGUCCUGGCCCUUUGUUAAACUCUAAGGUGCUGUUUUAAGAUGACGAUUCUCUCUUUUCUCAGCCCAGAAUUCAAGCGUGGACUGUAAAAGAGGCUGUAGUAAAUGUAGAACCUGGCCA